GCCGCCGCCGCCGCCGGCGCGCCUGGACGUGGUCUCCCAUCGUGUGAUGACCGCCAGGGCGUGCACCCCCUCCCAGGGUCGGUGCUUGUCCUCGCUGGUGUCGCUUUCGCUGCUGGCAUGCCUUCUGCUGCUGGCCCACGUGCAAGAUGUCGCCAGGGGUGUGGCUCCCCCGGCCCCCGGCGCCGCGUCACCCGCCGGAUUGACCGAGCCACCAGGGCUAGCGGCCACGACGCUGGCCUUUCGCCUGGUGACCCGGGUGGCGCAUCCUGACGCGGUAAGCCCCAGCGACCGAGCGAACAUCCAAUUCUGCGACUUCUUCAACGCCCAAUCGCUCCAGCCCUUCACGGGAGAUGGCUUCGAUGACCUGGCUUACAUGUCCAGCUUCUACAGUCUGGCCACAUCGCCCCUGGCCCGGGCCGGGCUGCCAUCCUCCCGGCCUCGGGAGUUUCUCCCCGGGCCCCCCCUUCGCACCCACCGGUGCUUCUCCUACCCCUUCGCCCGGAAGCCGCUCAGCCCCUUCUGCCAAAUUCUUGAUGUCAUCUCGCCCGAGCUGUCCUACAUCCAGGAAAUCUUCUCCGUCGGCAACCAGGCCAUCUACCAUGCCGAGGGCUUCAUGCAAUCGGGUGCCACACUGUUCGACCCCGCAUCCGUGGUUGUCGGGACUUCGCUCGCGGGCAGCAGCUUUCUAUUGCAGCCGGAUUCGCUGUGGUCCAAAUUGCAAUUCAACUUCUUCGAUGACGUCGGCUCUUCAACGCACUCCCUGAUGCAAGGCUUCCGGGGGUUUGAAUUCCUCCAAGCCACGGACCUCGAUGGGGAUGGCCUGGUCGAUGCGGUCACCGUCGCCUCGCCCCCGGGGGCUGUUCUCCCAGCCGGCCGGGGGAUCUAUUGGCUAAACCGCCUCGGCGAGGCGGCCCUCACCCCGGACAGCCCGGCCGAUGUGAGCCUCCUGCUGCCGUUGCCGGUCGACAUGGAGGUGGGCCAGCUUUUGGUGGGGGACUUCGAUGGGGAUGGGCUUGCGUCCGAUUUGGUGGUGGUCUCCGGGGCCCGGUCCACUGGGCCGGCCCGCAUCAUCAUCCUCUUGACCUCGGACCUGUCGGCCCCGGUGACCAUUUCACUGUCGGAGAUGGCCACCAAUGACCCCGCCCUGGCGGCGGUGCCCCAGAACCAGCACUAUCCCAAGGCCGCGGCCGCGCGGCUGACCACCCCGGCGGCCGAUGAUCUGGUAGUGGCCUUCGGCUCGCGCGUGUGGCUCAUCCCCGGGCCCCUGCAUCCCGCGAGCACCUCGACAGCGCGUCAGCUCAGCACCCUCGGGGCGACCCCGCUGUUGCCCGAUCACCCCUCCUCUUCGGGGGUCUGGCGUUCAGUGGCCUUCGGGGAUUUCGACGCCGAUGGGCGUCUGGACAUGGCCCUGGCACACUCGACCACUGGCGGGGACAUUUUCCUGCUCAGCCAGGUGGAUGCCACCCCGGCGUGCUUGUGUGGCCCUGGGGGCAUCUGCCUGCCCGGCGCCGGUGGCUUCUACUCGGUGCCCACUUGCGGCUGUGAGGACCCGAACGCCGACCCGGACUUCAAGCUCGCCCCCUGCGAGUUCUGCCGGCCGGGCUUCUUCCGAACCGAUGAGAAAUCGCCCUGCCAGCUGUGCCAUGGCAACUGUAAUACCUGUUCCGGCACUCAGGAAAGCGACUGCCUGAGCUGCCCGGCCCGGUUCAUUCUGGUCGUGGAACGGCCGCCGACUGGCCGUUGUGUGCCGGCCGACCCGAGCACCACAGUGACGCUCCUCCGGCCGGCCCCCGAGCGGCCCUAUUAUCAAGCCGGCUCGGAAAUCGCCCUGGACUCAGCGCCGAUGUCGGCAGCUCCCAUCCUGGUGGCCGAUCUUCUCCGGCGCACGGUUUCCGUGCCCGAGACUCGGAUGAUGCACACCUACUCCACCUCGCCCACUGUGUCCCAUUCUUUGGAGGCCAUCAGCACCGUUAAUCGAAUCCUCCUCCUUCAAGAAGACAUCCACGGGGCCGGCUUGAUCUUGCAUCGCGAGCUGACCCCCGAGGUCCGGUCGGCUCAUGUUCCCUCGGCCGAGGGGUUGCACCGGGUCCUCAUCGGGUAUGGGUCGUUUGCCAUGUGCGCGGACAAUCCCCCCAGUAUUCCGAAGGGCCUGUGCUCGCGAUUCAACACCUAUCCCUUGUCUGGCUCGGCGGAUCUGAGCCUCGGCCGGCUGGCACCCGGGCUCCAGGCGGGCGAUUCGCCCCGAUUGGGGAUCCUGUCGAGGGAUCGCUUUGGCACUCGGCCCCUGGCCAAAACCCAUGUGUUCAGCUCGCUCUGGCUGGAUGCCGACAAUGGCAUGGGGUUGGAUUCGCCGGUGGUGCUUCAUUCGGCCGGGAUUUCCGGCCAAAGCCUCUGCUGGCUUGGCUGGCAGCCACGUCUGGCCAAUGAUCUGGUAAUCACGGUCCCAAUCGUGGAUCCUGUGCGCAUCCUCGACGAGCCCAUGCCCUGUGGGAAGUUGCUGAGAUUGCCGCCCCCCAUGCCUGGCAGCCGGUCAUCCCUGCUGCUGGUCAGCGGGAGCCCCGACAGCGGGGAGGCAGUCCUGUAUCUCCUGCGAAAUCGUGGCCGGGGGCAGGACUUCCGCCCGCGCUUUGAGGCUCCACUCCCGCUGCUGACGGCCGCCGACCUCGGCUACCUCCCCGGGACCAGGCUCGUCGGUGUGCAGGCGGCCAUCGAUCCCAAGGCUCUGACCCCCACCGAGGCCGGGCUCUUCCUUUGGGAGGGGACAUGGGUCUUCCGGGUGACCGUCAGCCAGGACGUGUCCCCGGGGGCCGGGCAGCCGGAUCGGGUCACGGUGUCCGUGGAGCCGGUCAUCCCGCGCGACAGUUUCAGCUCCUUCACCGAGGGGUUGAUCAUGUUGUCGAUAGAUGCCGAUGGUGAUGGCGCCGGGGACCUGGCCCUUUUGAGCUCCAAGUCCCAGAAGCUUGUCCUCUUCCGCCGGGCAUCCGAGCGCAAUGGCUGCGGCUGCGGCCGGGCCAGCGUUUGCAACAUCCCCAGCACCUGGGGCGAACACCAUUGUGAUGCCACCGACGCCCCCCCCUCGUGCCUUCCCCAGCACACAUCUCUCCGUGUCCCGGAUCUUUGCACAUGUGCGCCAGGUCUGCGUUCCCCGGCCGACGGGUCCAGCUUAUGCAGUCAGUGUGACUCUUCGACUGGGGACUUCCCCCCGGAGUUCGGUGUUGAUUGUGCCCCGUGCGAUGUGGAUGGCUGCAUGCUGUGCGACACAUCCGGCCAGUGCCUGCGUUGCCGGCCGGGGCUGGUCCGCACGCCGGCUGGCGAGUGCGCCACCAACUGCCCGGACCCGGAUGCCCCGGUGGUGGAUGCCGUGUGCCAGACCCCGGAGCCCGCUGACACAUGGAUCAGCUCGGCCGAAGUCCAGGCCGACCCUUCGUGGGCCGGGUUCCGGGUGGUGGAUGUGUCAACCCUGCGCGCGGUGGCCCAGGACGGCGCGGUGGAGGGGUCGCGUGCUGUGUCGACCACCUUCCCCACGCUGCAUGUCCUGCAGCCGGAGUACCCGCAUUUUGGCACUUCGCAGAGUGUGUGGCUGCUUCCCCUGGCGCGUCUGCUUGCCGACGGUCGGCCGGCCACCUUCGGCCGUCUGGAUCUGGUCAGUGCCUCCCAGUGGCUGGACGACGUAUGCACCUUGGUGGCGAGUCCCGACGUGCAGUUGGCCGCCAUCCAGCAGGAUGCCGCUGGGGAGGAUGAAACCCGGCCGCUGACGGCCCUUUCGGCCUCGGUGCUGCAGUCGAACCUCGGCGCCCUUCCGGGCGGCCAGAAUGGGGACUUCGCAGCCGCCGGUGUGCCUGCCCCUUCCGGAAACGUCAAGCGCAUUGGCAUUGAACUUGUCGACCGGUCGAUUCUCAACAAGCAGUACCUGCCCAUCCGCCGGCCCUGGUUCUCGCAGCUGAGCCAGCCCUUCCCCUCGGCCGGCCUGGAGCCGGUGCCGACGAUGACGCCCGACUCGCCGGUGCUUCACUUCCAACGGUCGAUGGACUUCUUUUACGAGGUGAUCGAGAUGCACCCCAACCCUCUGCAGGGAUUUGACCCGCCGCCAGUGCUUCCGUCAGACUUCCGGACCUGCUCCAUGAGCUGGGACCUGCUGCCGGCAAAGACCCGACUCACGGUCAAAGGGUCGCCGGAGCUGGCCAACAUGUCUGGCAAGGCGACAUGCACCAUCCAGCGCGUGUGGGUUCCUUUCUCGGUGUCCGAGCUGUCCUUCCACCCGCGCCUGCCCGGGUGGUUCAUCACUCAUGAUGCGCACAUGAUGCUUCGUCGUCCCACAACCCCGGGAGCCCGGCCGAGCGUGGUCAUCCUGCUGUUUGUGAAGAAACAGCCCCCCGGGGUGACUGGGUGCCCUUUCCAGCUGCUGGAAGUGCCCCUGACUGCUGGGGCUUCCAGUUUGCCGGUAUUCCGGUCGAUCCAAUCGUUCCUCACCAUCUCGCCGGUUCUCUUCUUCGUGCGGGUCCCCUCGGUGCGGGACUUCAAUCCGGAUGCCUCGGCCUCCGGGCCGGGGGUUGUCGCGGUUGCCGGGCCCAACAUGGUCAGCAACUCCCUCGCCGUGGCCCUGUCCCCGAAUGAGCCCGCUGAGGUGGACCUGCAAAUGGUUUCACUCAAUCUGAGUGAAAAUGUCUUGCACAUGGUCUUCGUCCGGACUGACGGCCUGCCCGACAGCAUCAUGGCCCUGCCAUACCCCUGCUUGGCGCUGAAGCACGCCGACUGGAAGGAUGCUGCCCCGGGACAUGGCUCGCCCGAUCGAAUGUGGCCCACCGAUCGGCCGACCUAUGGCUGCGCUCCGCUUUUGCUGGAAACCCGGGCCCUGGUCAGCGGCGGCCCCCAUGGCCGGCCAGUGGUCCUGGCAAAGGACAUGGACAGCGACGGGAUGGACGAUUUGCUGCUCCAUUGGCCAGCCACUGGCCGAGUGGUGGUGUACUCCACACUGAACACGGUCCCCGUGACCUUCCGCCAGUCGAUCAUCUUCCCCGGGCAGGUGCCCGAAUCUCCGUCGACCGCUGCCAUGCAGUCGGUCGAGUACCCGGCGCUGGCCGAUCCGCAGCUGCUGCUGGUGGAUGUCGAUGGCGAUCGAUUUGUGGAUGUGGUCCUGCUGGACCAGGCGUCGCCCUCUGGGACGCUUUCCGCCUCCAGCGCCCCGGUCCCGGUGAUCCGGGUGUUCGGCCGGUCGGACCAGACCAGCAACUGGUGCCCGGCCGAGGUGGACUAUGACCCGGUAGCCGGCGAGUGUGUCUGCCCCGGGCGUUUGCGGCACCUGACCCCCCUGUCGGAUGCGUGCGAGUGCAUCACGCACGCGGUGCCGGUGGCCCCGGGCGCGCCGGAUUGCGUCUGCCCGGUGGGCAUGGCCGAGGGGGUGGGGGCGUGUGUCUGCCAGCCGGGGCUGCUGCCGGUGGCGAGCGAGUCCACCGGGGCGCCGGUGUCUCCGCCCCGCUGCGAGACCUGCCAUGCCAGCUGUGCCAGCUGCUCGGCCACGCGCUCCGGCCUGUGCGCCAGCUGCCCCCCGGGGCACUUCCUCCAGGCCGGCGUGUGUGUGACGGCCUGCGGGCCGGGGUUCACCAUUUCGGCCGACGGCCGGGAGUGUAUCGCCUGCGCGGCCUCCUGCUCGACCUGCCUGGGCCCGGCGUCCAACCAGUGCUCGGCGUGUGCCGGCAACCGGUACCUGCCCGGCGGCAUGCCAGGCACGUGCCGGUCCUGCAAUGCGGCCUGCUCCGGGUGCACCGGCCCGGCGGCCUCCCAGUGCACGGUCUGUGCGACGGGCUGGCUGCGCGCGCCCUCGGGCGAGUGUGUGCGCACCUGUCCCGAGGGGACCGGGAUUUCGUCUCCCGGGUCCAGCCAGUGCAAGGCCUGCGCCGAUGCCGGAUGUCUCUCCUGUGUGACGGCCCAGGCCGGGGCCAUUUGCCGGGCCUGCCGAACGGGCCUGCAGAUUGACGCCACCGGCAAGCAGUGUCUCCAGUGCCAUGGGACCUGCGCCACGUGCGAUGGCAACGGCCUGGCCAACUGCCUAACCUGCGCUCCGGGGCUUCUGCUCCAUGGGUCUUCCUGUGUGGCCUCCUGCCCGGAGGGCACCUUCCCCGAGGCGGGGGCAGCCUGCUCGCGCUGCUCGGGACGCUGUGCCACCUGUAGUGGCCCCCUGUCGACCCACUGCCUGACCUGCCCCCCGGAGUGGGUUCUUCAGGAGGAUGGCACCUGCCUGCCGGAUCCCUGUCCGACAUGCGGCGACUGCGAUGACAUCGAUUGCGAAUCAUGCAGCCCCGCCAACCCGGGCGUGUGCCUCAUCUGCGCGGCCGGCAAGCUGCUGCUCCCGGAUGGCACCUGCUGCCAGGACUCGCCGGGCUUCUGCACCCAGUGCCCGGCGGGCAAGCUCCUCGGCACAACGCCGGGCACGUGUGUGGACCGGUGCGGCGACCGGGAGUUCGCCGAUCUGACCACUCCCUCGAUGGCUCGCUGCGCGGCCUGCCACAACAGCUGCGCCUCCUGUGAGGGCGGCGCCAAGCCCGAGGACUGUACUGCCUGCUCGCCGGGCCUCUUCCUGCUGGCGGGCGUGGGCUGCGUGGGCGCCUGCCCGAGCGGGUACUUCGUUGAGGAGGGCCCGCUGGCCGGCUCCCAGGCAUGCGCGCCCUGCGUGGCAGAGUGCGCCGAAUGCACCGGGGCCGAUGCCGGCCACUGCACGCGCUGCAUGGAUGAUCGUCUGCUGAUGGUGGGCUCCGGCUACUGCCGGCCCGUGGGCGAGGACACCUGCCCGGCCGGGUGGCACGCGGAUCUCCCCGGCCGGCGGUGUCUCCGUUGCCCGGAUGGGUGCCUCGCGUGCCCGGCCUCGGUGGAGGACUGCGAGCAGUGCAGUGCCGACAUGCGCUCGAUCCGGCUGCUGGACCGCGAGGCGACGGACGCGGCGCCGGUCGGCUCCGGGCCGCGCACCUGCGUGGCCAUGUGCCCUGGUGGGUGGUUCGCUCCCGAGGGCCAGGCUGACGUAUGCUCGGCUUGCGACAUGGCGUGUGGCACGUGCUCCGGCCCCGGGCCGGACGGGUGCCUGGAGCCGAAUUGCGACCAGCCCGGCAGUUGCCCUAAGACGGGCUCCCGCUCACUCGCACUGGCCAUUGCCUUGCCGUUGGCGCUGCUCCUCCUGCUGCUGCUCAUUUUGCUCCUGGUUCUUGUUCUUCUGCGGCGCCGGCGGCGCCACGCUGGCGCCAAGGAGGGCGACGCCAUCCCAAUGCAGUACAUUGGCGAUCCGGAGGACAUGACCGUGAUGAACACCAUGCUCGAACUGUCUCUCCCGGGACACUUGCUUCUCAACCCCGAGGUGGACUACCGCAUUGAGCCCGGCUGCGAGGAGCUCGGCAAAGGCGCUCAAGCGGUGGUCCUGCCGUGCACAUUGCUACGUGCGGACCUUUGUACGGCGGCCGGCGGCGAUGCCGGUGCUGUGAAGAUGGUUCCAACCGACUCGCCCUUCCGCACGCAAUUCGAGCCGCUGCUCGACCAAGAAAUUGCCAUCCUCAGCAUCCUGCUGGCCGACGGGGGGUCGCCAUUUGUGUGCCAGCUGGUUGGCUACUCGGCUGCCCCGAGCAAGGCCCUGGUGAUGCCCCACUACCCGGGGCUCCUGUCGGACCUGCUUUGGCCCUCUCGCUUGAGCCCGGCGCAGACCCUGCAAAUGGCCGCCGACAUUGCGGCCGGCAUGGCGUUCAUCCACUCGCGCGGCGUGGUGCACAAGGACCUGAAGCCGGAGAACAUCUUCCUCCGGCCGGAUCCGGCGGACCCCGGCCGCCUGCAGCCGGUCAUCGGGGACUUUGGCGUGGCGCUGGUUCUCAACCGGUUCUCCGUCAUCCCGACGCUGGGUAAUGUGGCGGCCGGCAGCUUGCCAUACGCCUCGCCGGAGACGCUGGCCCGGCUGUACGGCAUGACCUUCCCGCUGGCGCCAUCCGACAGCAGCGUGGUCUCCCUGCUGAAGGUGGACAUCUACUCGCUCGGUGUGCUGCUCUUCGGCUUGGUGGCGGCGGCGCGCCCCUGGACCGGCACUGGUUCGGAUGAUGUUGCCACUGCGGUGCUGGCCGGCAAGCGGCCGGACAUGAAUCCCUCUUCUGGAACCCCGGUCCCGGUGUUGGUGGGCGACACGGGCAGCGAGCCGGCCUGGAUGGCGGAGUAUCGUCAGAUCUACCGCGAGGCAUGGGCGGCCGAUCCUCGCGAACGCCCGUCGGCGGCCAAGCUGGCGGCCACGUUGAUUGAUCUCGCUGAGAGAGAGUCUCCUGCGGUCAGUCCAUCAUAGGCGAGUGCCUCCGGCUGACCUGCUUCCAUCCUUUCCCGAUAGAUGUGUGACGCUUCCUCGUUCCCAGACUUGCAUCAUCAUGCAAGCAUCUUCCCGACGCGCUGACACAAAAUAGACCAUUCCACUUUGCA